CUGUGAACUUCUUGCUUGCAUCCCAAACCUUAAAGCAAACACUGCUCUCCGUCUUCUCCCCUACCCCGACGCCGCCGAACCAGAACCACCACCAAGAAGAUGGGUCGCGUCCGAACAAAGACUGUGAAGAAGUCCUCCCGGCAAGUGAUCGAGCAUUACUACUCGAAGAUGACGCUGGAUUUCCACACCAACAAGAAGGUUCUUGAAGAAGUCGCCAUCAUCCCCUCGAAGCGCCUCCGGAACAAGAUUGCUGGGUUCUCUACUCAUCUGAUGAAGCGUAUCCAGAAGGGGCCGGUCCGUGGAAUUUCACUCAAGCUGCAGGAGGAGGAGCGCGAGCGCCGCAUGGAUUUCGCUCCCGAUGAGUCGGCCAUUAAGGUGGACCGCAUAGAGGUUGACCAGGAGACAAUUGAUUUAUUGGACUCGCUUGGGAUGAAGGAGCUUCCAGGUGUCGUCCUUAGAGAGGACCAGGGACCGAUCAAUGUUGCGCCGCUGAACUACGGCCGCGGAGGCGUCAGACGGUACUGAGAGAGACGCGGUCUUUUCUCGGGUUAUGUAUUCCUUUAAUAGUGGGUUAAUUUGAGCUUUGUUGGAAACGAUGUCUUCCGUUACUUUUAGAAUAUGUGUUAGAGUUUCUGAGACAAUCACAUCUCUCUUCCUGUCAAGUUUUUGCCGAAAGUAUGAGAUUUUUGCUAAUUAUGAAUAGCAGUAUCUCUUUUCUAUUCUCUUGCUUGGUGGGAUCUUUCAUUGCCCAUUGAUGGAAAUGCUAGCAACUCUUUUUCUCUCAUAAGAUUA